CGAUGUUUCUGGAUUCUACUUCUACAACAGCAAAGCGACCGCCUGGUCCGUCUCUCACUCUUUCACUCUCUCGUCUUCCUUCCUUUCUCUUAAACCGAAACCAGAAACCAGAAAACUAAAAACAAUCUCUUAAACAUAGGUAGCCAUGGAUCCAGAGACGGCGUUAGAGCUGGUAAAGCAAGGAGCCACACUUCUCCUCCUCGACGUCCCUCAGUACACUCUUGUCGGCAUUGACACUCAGAUGUUUACAGUGGGACCAGCGUUUAAAGGCAUCAAAAUGAUACCUCCUGGUCCUCAUUUUGUUUACUACAGUUCUUCUAGUAAAGACGGCAAGCAAUUCUCCCCUAUCGUUGGCUUCUUCGUUGAUGCGGCUCCGUCUGAGGUUAUUGUUCGUAAAUGGAAUCAACAAGAGGAAAGGCUGGUGAAGGUUCCAGAAGACGAGGAAGAAAGAUUUUGCCAAGCAGUUAAAAGUUUAGAGUUUGACAGAUAUCUUGGUCCUUAUAAGCCAAGCCAGUAUGGAGAAUGGAAGCGAUUGUCUAGUUACCUCACAAAGACCAUCAUCAAACGAAUUGAACCCAUUGGGGGAGAAAUUACGGUUGCAUGUGAAUCUGAAAUGGAUAAAAACAGUCCUAAAACAUCAAUCGAGAGAGCUCUAGAUGCACAAUUGGGGACUGGUAAGUUCUCAGCAUCUACAUCAGUUGAUCAGUCCAAGAAGAGAGGAUGUUAUUACACUACAAUCCCACGUGUUAUUAAACGCAGAGGAAUGGAGGGGAAAGAACUUACUUCUUUGAAUCUUGACAAGACUGAAUUACUAGAAAGUGUUUUGAUUAAAGACUACGGAGGUUCCGAAGACUUACUUCUAGGGGAGCUGCAAUUUGCUUAUAUUGCAUUUCUGAUGGGGCAAUCACUUGAAGCAUUUUUUCAGUGGAAAUCUUUGGUUAGCCUUCUACUGAGUUGCAUUGAAGCUCCUUUUCGUACAAGGAGUCAUCUUUUUACUAAGUUCAUCAAGGUCAUCUUCUAUCAACUGAAAUAUGGACUUCAGAAAGAUAGGAAAGAAAGUGAUGGUGCAGGAAUAGCAGUAUCAUCAUUGCUGGACGAGUCAUGGUUUUCUGCUGAUAGCUUUUUGCACCGACUUUGCAAGGAUUUCUUUUUGUUGGUGCAAGAUGCCACUGUGGUGGAUGGAGAUCUUUUGACAUGGACUAGGAAACUGAAAGAACUACUUGAGAAUAUUCUGGGAUGGGAGUUCCAGCAGAAUAGCACAGUUGAUGGCAUAUACUUCGAAGAGGAUGAUGAGUUUGCUCCUGUAGUUGAGAUGUUGGAUGAGUCGAGCUUCAAUGGAGUUCCAGCUGCUUAGACCAGAAACAUAUUCCUUUUUAACUCUUAUCAGCUAAGUCAUGCCUAAGCAUAUCUGUCAUCUUCGCUUUCAACAUUAAUUGUCUGCAAGUCAGUAGCAGGUCUUAUGAAGUUAGUCAAUUUCAUGUCAAAAUAUUAGCUAACAUGUUUGCCAGACAGUUCAAAAUUUCUCCAUAAAUUAGUUAUGAAAAUCUGCAAGACUAGGAAACAAGGACCUUGUACAGUUACAUUUCGAGGAUGGUCUUCAGCGAUGAAUUUCAUAAAGUUAUAUCUGUUCUUAAA